UCAGCGGACCGUCCGGUACCUUCUUUAACCAGAGAUCCUACCUUACUUGUGCCCAUCACCACAACCCCCUCUCUCUUUAAGAGACAUCACAAACAUCAAGAACACAACUCCACUCGACACGCUCUUUCAUCUCUCGCCACCACCAGCAGCCGGGAAAGUAAAAUUCUGAUGAUGUUUCCACUCUCAAACCCUUCAUCUUCACCUGAAUCCCAAAUCAAGAAAUCAAAAACUCCACUUGAUGUCCGAAGGAAAGACUCUUUCAAGUCACCUCAAGCGUUUCUUGCUGCUCAUUACCCUUCCAUAAACCAACCUCGGUUAUGCCUUUUCCUUUCCAUCUUCUUCAUUCAAAUCCUCCUCCUCCUCGCUCUCCGCUCCGUUCCUCGUUCUUUCCACCAUCGCCUCCACCACUUCCCGGCUCCCGUCACUGCCCACCACCUCACUCCAACCCUCACCACCACCACCGCCUCCUUCCCCGCCAGCACAGUGAAAGGGGAGACAUCCUGCGAGUUUGGUGAAAUCUUUGUCUACGAUCUUCCGAGUGCUUUGAACCACGAAUUGGUUAACAACUGUGAUGAAUUGAACCCUUGGAGUUCGAGCUGUGCCGCGUUGUCGAAUGACGGAUUUGGCCCUGUGGCCGCUGGAAUUUCCAGCGUUGUACCGGAAAAUCUUGCUGCUGCUUGGUACUGGACUGAUCAGUUUGUCACUGAAGUUCUUUUCCACAACAGAAUUUUGAAUCAUAAAUGUAGAACUCAAGACCCCAACAAUGCGACAGCCUUUUACAUUCCAUUCUACGUUGGACUCGCUGUCGGGAAAUUUCUAUGGCUCAAGAACUCAUCCGCUGAAGAACGUGAUUUUCACUGCGAAAUGAUGCUCAAGUGGGUUCAAGACCAGCCGUAUUUCACAAGAAAUGGUGGAUGGGAUCAUUUCUUGACGAUGGGAAGGAUAUCCUGGGAUUUUAGACGGUCCAGGGACGAGGAAUGGGGUUCGAGUUGCAUUCACAAGCCAGGUAUGCGAAACAUUACUCGUCUUUUGAUCGAGCGAAAUCCCUGGGAUUAUUUUGAUGUUGGUGUUCCUUAUCCUACGGGAUUCCACCCUCGAUCAGACAAUGAUGUUGUCGAAUGGCAGGAUUUUGUCCGAAAUCGUAACAGGAAGAGUCUUUUCUGUUUUGCUGGUGCUAAACGUAGCAAAAUCAAGGAUGAUUUUCGAGGGCUGCUGUUGAAUCAUUGUAGGAACGAGUCUGAUUCAUGCCGAGUUGUGGAUUGUGCUGGUUCUAAAUGUUCUAAUGGAACUUCGAUAAUUCUUGAAACGUUCUUGGAUUCUGUUUUCUGUUUGCAGCCCAGGGGUGAUAGUUUUACAAGAAGGUCGAUUUUUGAUUGUAUGAUUGCUGGUUCGAUCCCAGUUUUGUUCUGGAAAAGAACUGCUUAUGAUCAGUAUGAGUGGUUUUUGCCGGCUGAGCCAGAUAGCUAUUCGGUGUUUAUAGAUCGAAAUGAAGUGAAAAAUGGGACUACUUCUAUUCGGAAAGUGCUUGAGAGGUACAGUGAGGAUGAGAUUAGGAGAAUGAGGGAGAGAGUUAUUGAAUAUAUACCAAAGUUUUUGUAUGCUAGACCCGAUGAAGGUUUAGAGACUAUAAAGGAUGCUUUUGACGUUGCCAUUGAUGGGGUUUUGAGGAGGUUCAAAGAGCAAGAGCAACCUGGCUACAGGUGGUAGUUGGGAGGAAAUUAAGAAAUGAUGGUGAUUUGGGUACCUGGGAUUCAAUUUGGGAAGAUGAUCACGUACCCAAGUUUAUCCAGGAGAGAUUUGUUACAAGAAAAUUUAUAGGGAAACAAUUACUACAAGUUCAUUCUUACAGUUCUUUUUUGUAUGUAUUCUUCACAAUAAUGUUGCUUACUACAUUUGUAAUUCUUUGGAGUCUUGAGGACCAGGAAUUUUCAGAAAUAAAUGUUGUGUAAUUGGGCAGUAAAAUUUAUUAUCUAGUGAAACUGAAGCCUUCAUCGGAUA